GGGUCAUUGAAGAUGAGGAAGGGCUCAGAGAACAGAAGGGAUGAGGGUUACAGGAGAUAGAGUGGAAAUAAAUGUUCACUAAGGUGGGUGGUCAGGAGGACUUUUGAGAAGAAAGGGAAUGGUGGAGACAAGACCCUGAGUGAGAGCAGCAGAGACCAUGGAAAUGAGGCCUCUUGAAGAGAGGACAGAUAAUGUUUCCUAAUUUUGGCUACCAAGCCAUCCAGAGAAAUUCCCAUAAUGCCAGUUUUCAAAGUCCCAGAAUGGCAGAAUACUAUUACUUUGACCCGGUGCAAAGAAAAGUUUACCCAAUAGGUUUCCAGGCAUACAAUGAUAUUCAUCACAACUUCCAUGAGUAGAGCAUUUUAAGCAGCUUUGGAAACUCUGUCAGGUUUUCUUUGUUUUUGUUUUGUUUUGUUUUUUAAUCUCAGGUUACUCCCUCCAAAAGGUAGUGGAAAUAAAUUUGAAUAAACAAAACAGGUUUGCUGAAAAUAAAACCAGGACUCCUAAACUGCUCCAGCCAGCCUACUUCCACAGGGCCCUGCCUAUCAGCCUGUACAGCACCACCCUGGGCGAGCAGCAUCUGGCAUCCGGCAUGAAACAGGUGGUUGCCUUCUUAGCAGUAGUCAUGGGAACACACACCCUGAGUUUUCGGCUUCAGAAGGACUGCAUCCACUGGCCCAGCUGCUUUCCCAUCAAGGGACAGGACUCCACUGAAGAGUUGAACACUGUGCUCAUGCCUCCCCCAGAGAUCGCUAGCCUCACCGACCACCCGGUAUCCUGCAAGGCCAGCGAAGACGGACCCCUCAACAGCAGGUCCAUCUCCCCCUGGAGAUAUGUGUUGGACAGGGACUUGAACCGGCUCCCCCAGGACCUGUACCACGCCCGUUGCCUGUGUCCACACUGCGUCAGCCUACAGACAGGCUCCCACAUGGACCCCCUCGGCAACUCAGAGCUGCUAUACCACAACCAGACCGUCUUCUACCGCCGGCGGUGCCCUGGAGAGCAGGGUGCCCGUGAUGGCUACUGCCUGGAACGCAGGCUCUACCGUGUCUCCUUGGCUUGCGUGUGCGUGCGGCCCCGUGUGAUGGCCUAGUCAUGCUGCCCAUGGCUGGUCCCUGGUCAGAACACUGGAGCUGCGUGUACAACCAUUUACUAUGGUGAGCCAGGAUGCCCGAGUGCGCGGCCCCUCCAAAGUAUCACCUGGAGCAGCAGGAUCGUGGGACAGGACGGAGACUUUAUAGGAAAACACACUUGAACUUUUUGGAGUGGAUGGGAAAUGCAGGUGAAGCGAAGGGAGCAGCAGCUGCUGUGGCCGCUGGAAGCUGGCAUCCUGGCACUUCUUUUAAUAAAGCUCUGUCAUUCCUGGAGGCCACCACCCAUCUCUUCCUUUCCUCCCAUCCUCAGCUGCCCUCGAGAAGCACAGGCACUUUCUUGAUAUUUUCUCCCUUGCCAACAAAGAACCCUCAUUUCAUUUAUGUGUUUGCUUGUUCGUUCAUUUAUUCAUUCAUCAAACACUCAGUGAGCAUGUUACUAGACUUCUGACAUGGGUGACUCUGAGGAAGAAGCUGUUCUUGAGCAUGGAGACUUAUCCAAAUAAAUAAUCUGUAUUUAAAA